AUGGCCAGUGAUCAUCAGUGUCGUCGAGCGGUGUUGGAUGGUUAUUUAGAUGGGGAGAUCGAUGGAGAUACCCGCGAGCAGUGCGGCGACCACGACGGGCAGUUCGGGUUCGUCGAGCAACGGUGUGACCAAUGUGACCCCGAUUGGGAGGCGGCCGAGACCGAUGAUAGGGACAGUGAUACCGAGAUGGAUGAUCCCCAUACGAGCAUCCCGAGCAGCGCGUCGGACGCCGGGGUCCCCAUUGAGGCGCAGCAUCGGUACCAUCAGCAGGAGAUGGUGCAGACGGCGAUUUCGGAGCGAGUGCGGACGUUGCAAGCGCAGCAGUUAUCGGACGAGGAGUUUUUGGCGCAGGAGGCACGGCAGUGGAACCACCGAUGUUGGUUAUGCGUGCAGGCGCAGCAGGAUGAUGUCCAGCAUGAUUUGUGGAGUUGCCCCGCGGGCGAGAGUGCAGAGUGUCGACGAUGGGUGCGGGCGAUUCGGGAUUCGAUACAGUAUAUAGCCGGAGGAUUUUAUUGUUGUUAUUCGUGUGGUAUGCCGCAGUCGAUUUGUCCCGGUUGGGAGGCCGGGCAGCAAUGUGAAUACCGGCAGUUUUUGUAUCCGAUGAUGGCGAUGUUAAUCCAUUGGCAAUGGGCGGAUGGGCGACAGGGAGGGUACGAAUGGUGGCGCCAGCGGAUGAAGAGUGCCAAUAUCCGCGUGACGGAUUUAGACGCCGUACGAGAGUAUUUAGCGCAGUCCGUGGACACCAGGCAUUCCCGGUUAGCGCAUGAGUAUGUUUGGUUGCGUCGGAUGUAUCGAGAGUAUGGGUUUUAG